GCAUUGAAAUUUACCAAUAUUAACGGAAAAUAGGUCACAUACUUUGUAAUACGCAAAACAAUUCGCGUCUUUAUAUUUCAAUCUCAAAAGAGGUGGAAAAAAACAGUUCACUGAAUCGCAUCAGCAGUACUUUCGCAGAAGUUAAGGCGCCUUAAUUGUUUGAAAAGUUUGUUAAAAAACACAAAAUUGACCGCGUGCUUCUUCUUCCGGUUGAACUUCGGUGGGUGUUGGACAACGUGCCACACCAGGUCAUAUAGGCCAGUGUGGCAAGCAUCGCACAGCCAAAGUGGUAGUUUUCGUUUUCCGUGACAAAACAAUUGAGCCAACGUUUGCAAAAUUUCAACCGAACAUUUAAUAAAAAUAGCAGCAAAAUUGAAGGGAACGGCGUCACCCAGAACCUAACCAUGUCACUGCUUAACAACGAUGACAGCAUACUGGCCAUAGACGAAGAUCCGCAGGUUGUCAUCCAGGAGGAUGAGCCCUCGACAGCACCACACAUGCCCAGUGGCCAGUCCAUGGAUUCGUUGCGGUCGUCGUUCACCAACAGAAGCUCGACGCCAGACUCUUCCCAGCAUUCGCUGGACACGCUGGAAAUGGCGCAGGAUGAUCGCGAAGAGAAGGCACGCCUAAUCACCCAGGUGCUGGAGCUGCAGAACACCCUGGAUGAUCUGUCGCAGCGUGUGGACUCUGUGAAGGAGGAGAAUCUCAAAUUGCGCUCCGAGAACCAGGUUCUGGGCCAGUACAUCGAGAAUCUGAUGUCCGCCUCCUCGGUGUUCCAAUCGACCAGCCCCAGUGCGGCGAAAAAGAAGUAGAAAAGAUACCAAACUACCGGAAGGAAGCCUGUACCUCUCAAAUAUGCCUUGUCGUUCAUGCUAUUGCGAAAUCAUACUCGUCUAUAACUAUAUUUAAUAAUUUUAACCUAGCCUAGUCUAAUGCUGCAAUAUUUUUUGAGUUGCUAACUUUUCGAAUUUGUGCACAACACCAUUGUCUUUGUUUAUCGUUUAAGCUUAAUAUUAGCUGGCUAUGUAUUUUAUACAUA